AUGGCCCGCGAGGACUACUCGCCCAUGCCCGGCUGCCUGAGCAACAACAAGGUGGCGGUGGUGUUCCAGUACGGCUCGGUGGUGCUCUUCAACUUCCACGACCUCUCGCCCGACACCAAUCCCAUCCUCGCCGCGGUGAAGCGCCACAGCCGCGAGUUCGUGGGCGAUCCCCGGAAGGACAACUACCGGGUGGUGGUGAUCCCGGGGCUGGACCGCUGGAGCCAGGGGGGCUCGGACAAGAUCAUGGUGAAGAAGCUGGACAUGGACGGCGUCCGGAUCAUCUCGCUGGUGCUGGGGCAGAGCAUCGCGCUGGAUCACUACACGCGCAGCAUCGACGAGAUGCUCAACACAUUCGGCGAGCUCAACCGGCAUAUGGAGCUCACGGGGACGUUCAAAAUGCAGCGCAAGGCGCUGUUCAAGCUGGUGGCGGCGGCCAACGCGGCGCUGGCGGACGCCAUCCUCCGCCUGGGGCUGCUGGAGCGGUCGGACGCGGCGUGGCAGAGCGCGCGGUACGAUCGCAUCUGGGAGCACAUGAGGGGCGACUUCGAGCUGGACGACCGCUUCGAGAGCCUCGAGUUUAAGAUCGGGAUCAUCCAGCACAACGUCAAGUUCUUCCUGGACAUCCUCCAGAACCGCAAGUCGGACACGCUCGAGUGGAUCAUCAUCUUCCUCAUCGCCGGGGAGAUUUGUGUGGGCGUCUACGACAUUUUGAACGGGGCAGGAGCGAUCUAG